GCGGCGCGGCGCGGCGGAUUGUGGGUAAGACGUCAGCCCGCCGCCAUAUCUGUCUUUCUGUACCGGCUGAAGGAGAAGAGUCUGGAGCCAUGAGAGGAAUCCGGUCUCUGAACAGUCUCCCCAAACGUUGCUAUGCCGCUGCCAGGAGGAGUGAAUCUCUGAUUGAGCCCCUCGGGGGCCGCAAACCGUCCUCAGCUGCCCCUCUCCUUCCCCAAAGUGUCCAGGUGUCCAAGCUGCCAAACGGUCUGGUGAUAGCGUCACUGGAGAACUACUCCCCCGUGUCCAGCGUUGGUGUGUUUGUGAAAGCCGGGAGUCGCUAUGAGACUGUGGAAAACCAGGGUGUCUCUCAUGUGCUACGACUGGCAGCAAACCUGACUACUAAGGGUGCGUCUGCCUUCAAGCUCUGCCGCGGUGUGGAAGCUCUUGGUGGCAGCCUGAGCGUGACAUCGUCCAGAGAGACCAUGGUCUACACCGCAGAGUGCUUGAGAGAUCAUUUACACUCAUUAAUGGAGUAUUUGGUCAACGUGACCACAGCUCAGGAGUUCCGGCCGUGGGAGGUGAAUGAUCUGACGCCCAGGGUGAGGAUUGACAAGACUCUGGCUCAGCAGUGUCCUCAGAUAGGUGUGAUUGAAAAGUUGCAUGAAGCAGCGUACAAAAACGCCCUGUCCAACUCCCUGUACUGCCCUGAACACAUGGUCGGCCACGUCUCCUCUGACCAGCUGAAGUCAUUUGUUGACGACCAUUUCAUCACUGGCAAAAUGGCUCUUGUAGGACUAGGUGUAAAGCACUCUGUCCUGAAGCAGGUGGGUGAGGGGCUUCUGAGUGCUCGCAGUGGGGCUGGAGCUCCUGUGGCGAAGGCUGUGUACCGUGGAGGUGAGUUGCGGGUGCAGAACACCGACGACCUGGUCCACGCACUGAUUGCCAGCGAGUGUGGUGUGAUGGGUAGUGCAGAAGCUAAUGCCUUCAGCGUGUUGCAAAGGAUCCUGGGAGCUGGGCCACAUGUAAAGAGGGGCUCCAACAUCACCAGCAAACUGAGCCAGGGUAUUGCCAAAGCUACCACACAGCCCUUUGAUGCCACAGCCUUCAAUGCCUCCUAUUCUGACUCUGGCCUGUUUGGCGUCUAUACCAUCGCACAAGCUGACUCUGCAGGAGAGGUGAUCAAAGCUGCCAUUGCUCAAGUGAGCGGUGUGGCUGAGGGAAACGUAUCAGACGAUGACGUCACCAGAGCAAAGAACCAGGUGAAAGCAGAGUACCUGAUGUCAUUGGAGAGCUCUGAUAGCCUGUUAGAGGAGAUCGGUGCCCAGGCUCUGAACACUGCAGCGUACCAGCUCCCUGACACUGUUGUCCAGGCUAUAGAGGCUGUCACCCAGGACGAUGUGGUCAAGGCUGCGCAGAAAUUUGUGGAUGGCAAAAAGACCAUGGCAGCUAGUGGACAACUCAAGAAUACACCGUUUGUGGAUGAAUUAUGAAAAUAAAGUAUAAAAACCGGUGAUUUUAACUCGGGCAUGCUGUGCCUGGCUGCUUAUAAAGGAAAAAAGGACCUCAGAGCCACGGCCUACUGCAACAAUUCAUUUGAUGUCAAUGAUCAUUUGUAGUCUGUCCUGCAAUAAGUGUAAGCACCACAACAGAGAGCCAGAGAAUCAUAAUGCAAUUUUUUGUGUCAAUUUAACUGUAUAUCUAUGUAAAUUAAAGUAAAGACAGUCAUACGA